AUGGCGGCUAAACGGUUAUUUGAUGAUUCCGACAAUGAUCCCGACCUCCCGGCUAACAACCAGCAAAAACGCGUCAAAACCACCAAACUCUCCGUUGCUUCUGUGAUCAAAGAAGUACGUACGGUGAAUUUCUUGGAGAACUUGAGCUCAAUGUUGGAACCAAUGAUUCGAAGAGUGGUGCAUGAAGAGGUGGAGGACGGAUUAAGGCGCAAUCUACGAUCUCUAACAAGGGCUUCUUCACUGCGAAUUCAAAAUGCCAUUGAUGAGCAACCAAGCUUACAACUCGUUUUCAAUCAGAAACUCCCAAAAACGAUAUUCACCGGCACAAAAAUACUAGAUUUGGACAACAAGCAACUUCAAAUCUUCCUUGUGGACACAACCACGUCUUGCCAAACAUCUCUUCCUUAUCCUAUCAAAAUCGAAAUCGUGGUCCUGGACGGGGAUUUCCCUCCGGGAGGAGACCUAGAACGGUGGGAUUCCCGGGAAUUCGACCGGAAUGUUGUGAGGGAGAGGGCUGGGAAGAGGCCGCUGUUGGCUGGUGAGCUGUUUGUUACCAUGAGGGAUGGAUGGUGUUCUUUUGGGGAGAUUGAAUUUACGGAUAAUUCGUCGUGGAUUCGGAGCCGGCGGUUCCGGCUCGGUGCAAGGGUGGUUCAAGGCAGCAGUAGUAGUAGCGGCGGUGGUGAUGCUCAAGUUCGGAUUCGUCCGGCAAUGACUGAAGCUUUUGUUGUCAAAGAUCACAGAGGAGAAUUGUACAAGAAGCAUUAUCCCCCGGCACUUCACGAUGAAGUGUGGCGCUUGGAGAAAAUAGGAAAGGAUGGAGCUUUUCACCGAAAACUCUUGGCACAAGGCAUCAACACUGUCCAAGAUUUCUUGAAGCUUAGUGUUGUUGACCCUCAUAGGCUCAAAAAGAUUCUGGGUAUAGGGAUGUCGGAGAAAAUGUGGGAUGUGACGUUGAAACAUGCGUGGACUUGUGAGAAGGGGACCAAAGUGUAUAUAUCUCGGGGACCUGAUUUCGAAAUAGUUCUUAAUCCUGUUUGUCAAGUCAUUAAAGCUGUGAUUAAUGGGCAAGCUGUUUAUGCUACACGUGACUUAAACAUGAUGGUGAAGAUGUACAUUCAGAAGUUGGUCAAGGAAGCCUAUGAAAAAUGGUCAACUUUAGUAGAAGUGGAUGAUGGCCAAGUGAAUGAGACUGCAUUGCUACUCAUGGGUGAUCAAUUUGUGGGUCAAAACACAAUUCACCAAGGGGCACUUAUAACAGAUGGGUCGGCUGCAAUUCAUCCGAACCCAAACAGUACUAAUAGUAAUGAUCAACAAGUGGAGUACAACAAUGACGAAUGGGACAUCAAUUGCAACUAUCUUUGCAACACCCCGAUUGAACCCACCGGACGCUACUUCCCUGAAUCUUCCCCGGACGAUGCGAUGAGACUCCGAGAUGCUGAAACGCUGUUCAAUGAGGGGAUGGAGAUGGCUCGUUGUGGCGAGCUGGCUCGUUGUUUUAAGUUGCUUUUGAAUAAGGAGGUUCCUGGCGGCGGAGGCGGCGAUGGCACCUUGCUCAGCGAAUUAAAAGAAACUCUGCUUGAUCAACAAGUCCGCACAUCUGGUGACACCUUGAGGUUGUAAUACGCCGUUAUAAAUCUAAAGUUUGCUCGGGGUAAAGCGAAGGAAGCAAGGGAGAGACUGAAGCAGGAGGAAGCUGAGAAGCAAUCGCAGGCUGCGCAAACUGCGGUGAGGACUCCGAGGUGGCUGCAUUCUGGGUUUUGAGCUUCUUCACUUCUUCUGCUUCUUCUUUUUCUUCGAAAUUAGGUCAUCAAG